ACAACUUAUAAAAGCGAAAACUCGGCCUGGGAUCGAGGCUUGUGAUCAGCUUUUUUUAAGCUGGCGCAUGCUCACUACAAUCCACGUGUUCUACCUCGUGGCUUUCCUUUCCUGCAUUGGCUGUAUCAAGAAGAUGUCUCAUCGUAAGUUCUCGGCUCCCCGCCAUGGAUCUCUUGCUUUCCUCCCUCGCAAGAGGUGCAAGAGACAUCGUGGCAAAGUAAAGACCUUCCCUAAAGACGAACCAGAGAAGCCGUGCCAUCUGACUGCCUUCUUGGCUUACAAAGCAGGAAUGACCCACAUCGUUAGAGAAAUGAAUCGUCCUGGAUCAAAGUCGCACAAGCACGAAGUAGUUGAAGCUGUGACUAUCCUUGAAACUCCUCCAAUGAUGGUAGUGGGUGUGGUCGGUUACAUCGAAACACCACGUGGUCUCCGUCAACUCAAAACCAUCUUUGCCCAACAUCUCAGUGACCAAUGCAAAAGAAGGUUCUACAAGAACUGGUACACGUCCAAGAAGAAGGCUUUCACCAAGGCGUCUGCUCGUUGGAAGGACGAGGCGGGUGUCAAGAGCAUUGACGCUGACUUCAACAAACUCAAGAAGUACUGCAAAGUCAUCCGAGUCAUCUGCCACACCCAGGUCCAGCUGAUGAAUGGUGUGAGGCAGAAGAAGGCCCACAUUAUGGAGAUCCAAAUCAACGGAGGCACCAUCGCCGCCAAGGUGGACUGGGCCAAAGAGCACAUGGAGAAGGCUAUUCCCAUCAAGGACAUCUUCAACAAAGACGAAAUGAUCGACAUAAUCGGUGUGACCAAAGGAAAAGGAUUCAAAGGUGUCACAUCUCGUUGGGGCACCAAGAAGUUGCCUCGUAAGACACACAAAGGCCUGCGCAAAGUUGCCUGUAUUGGGGCGUGGCAUCCCAGCCGAGUGUCUUUCUCCAUCGCUAGGGCUGGACAGAAAGGCUACCAUCAUCGUACCGAGAUCAACAAGAAGAUCUAUCGUAUUGGAGAAAAAGACGAUGCUGGAAACGCUUCCACUGAAUUUGAUCCCACUGUGAAGCACAUCACCCCAAUGGGAGGCUUCCCUCACUAUGGCUCUGUGAAGAAUGACUUCGUCAUGCUGAAGGGAUGUUGUGCCGGCCCCAAGAGGAGAGUGGUCACUCUCAGAAAGUCUCUGAUGGCCAAGAUAUCUCGCAAGAACAAAGAGGAAGUCAAACUCAAGUUUGUCGAUACCGCGUCCAAGUUUGGUCACGGCCGAUUCCAGACUUUCAAGGAGAAGUCUCAAUUUUUGGGAAAGCUCAAGAAAGAUUUUGAGAAGGAACGUGUCGCUGCUGCCGAAUAAAACUGAAAUUGAACUGAAAAUGAUGUAAUGUUUUUCAUGCUGUAGAAACUUGUGAAUUAAUUUGUGGGUAUGCAUAGAUUUGAAA